CGCGCCACACAUACAAUACACCCAUUAAUGCAUCCAUCAACGCAUCGAGGCAAAACGGCCCCGCCCCACACGCAUUCCCCUCUCAUCUGCCAUCGAUGUAUCACUUCUUCUUGCUCUGCACACUUCUAGUGAAGCCAAAGUUGGUCAACGCGUUGGCGGCAAUCCCCUCCUCCCCAUUCUUCUUCCCCCCCUUGCCACCCCCGCCGCCCCGCUUCCAUCCCCCCUCCCUCACCACCGCCCCCAGCCCAGCAUAGGGGUUCUUGUUGUGCAAACUCCUCUCCUUCUGCAGCCGCUCCUCUACUGACGCGCUCUCCGCUGGUGUGGGCCGGGCCAGCAUCGCGGGGGCGCUCGUCUUCGGCUUCUGCGCCAGGAAACCAGCCAGGCCCCCCUGUGCUGGCCGCUUCUGGCCACCACCCCCGAGAGCACGCCUUCUCGGCUCGUCGCCACUAUCACCAGGGCUCGAUAGCCGCAUUCGGAACCCCUCGACCACCCCCUUCUUGCCUUUGUCCCCUGGGCCCCCAUUGCCAUCGCCAUGGCCUGUUUCCUCUCUCGUGGCCUCCUCGCGCUCGUCACUGCCGCCGUCGUCCGAAGGAGUGGUGAUGGUGAUGAUGGGAGAGAGCUUGGUGGCCUUUGCGUGUUUGGCGGCGCUCUGGUGCCUCUGGUGGGACUGCACGCGCCUGUUGGCCAGGCUGAAUGGGUUGGGCUUGGGGGGCGGACCGGGGAGCGGGGCCGACUGUUGCUGCUGCUCUGGGGGUGGUGGUGCCCGGGGUGCCGCUUCCUGGUGCUGCUGGUGCUGGUCUUGGUCUUGGUCAGGCGCCCCUUCUUCCGCCUUCUCCUCAAUCAGUGGGUCCUCAACGCUGCACACAUGUCACACAGAGACACCGGCAGCGUCAGUGGAAUGCCACAAGAGCGUGUGCAUGGCAGCUCACUCUAUCAUCUCCAGGAGCUCGUCAAGCGAUGUCUUGUGCCGCCUGCGAUUGGCUACAGGGGCCGGCGACGGCUCAGUCUCCGCCGGCUUCUGCUGCACGGGCUCCUGGGCCGCCUCACCUGGUUUGGUGAAGACGAAGGCCAGUUUUUCUUUGGGGGCGGGCUGGGGCGGGGGCUGCGAGAAUGCUGGUGGUGGGUGUGAGGGUGCGGGGUAGUCGGUGCCGGCACCGCUGCGGUAAGCCUUGUCUAGGUUGGCUAUGAAGGUCUUCAACAGCUGACGCUCAGACGCAGACAACUGAUCGAACAAAAGAGGACGGGAGAUGGUCGGGGAAUGGUGCUGAUGGAGGUUUGUGUGCCUGCUUGCACUUACGGUGUCGGUGGCCCGUGCUUUCUUGGUUCUUGGGUUGAUGCGGCCCGACACGAGCUGAUGCACCUCUACGGGGUCAUCAAUCGCCGUCCCUACCACUGCACUCAUAUCCAUCUGCACACACACACACACACACACACACAAGUUGGCAUCCAUCCAUCCAUCCACCCAUCCGUGUCUCCCCUCCCUCUUUGCUGGUAUACGUCCUGCGGCAGCUCUGGCUGCGUCUUGAGCGAGGUAGCGAUGGAGGUCAUGCACUUCUGCUGUGGGUGGUAGACGAUGUGGUUGAGGAAGACGGCCAUGGCCCUGUUGGUCGGGUUGAAGAAGUCGGCCUUUUUCUCGGGCAGCUUGUCCUUCCACUUGCGGUUGAUACGCAUGAACUCGUACACCUGACGCAAACAAACACAGACACAUAGACACAGACGUGAAUGCACACGUCUGAUUGGGUGAGUUGUGCUAUGUGUUGCGUGUUUUGACCCUUUUUAUGGUCUUUCGCUGGCGGAUCUGCUCGAAGGCCGUCUUGAUGCCAAACCCCUGUGUGGGCAAUAGCACGUGCAGGAGCUUCUCUCCAUUUCUUAACCUUGCACGCGCCAACCUGUAUGUUGAUGUCUGAUGUGUAGUCGCAGCCGCAGAGUAUGCAGAACUCCACAAACCUCUGAUGCGACCACCGCCGCAACGACGACAAGGCACCCUGCACACACACACACACACACACAUCCAUUCACACAUACAUACUGAAGGUACCCACACACACCCACACACCCCACCACACCAGCUCACCCAUCUAUCGCCCUGGUCGCUGUCGUCCCCCUCGUCCACCUCCAUGGGCGACGUUGACGACUCACCCACCCCCUCCCCCUCCCCCGCCCCCGCCUUGCCCUUUCUGGCGGCCUUGCCAUCGUCGGGCAGGUCGGCGAUCGCAGACAGAUCCACCAGGUCACCGUUGCCCCACUUGUCCAACCUACGCCCAUCCACACGGCAGUACAGGUAGUCGACAUGUGUCUGCUGGUCGGCCGCGCUUACUUGUAGAGGACUUUGGGGCAGCCGUAUGCGAGCAGGUCGGAGUCCUCUGAGAUGACAACCUCCUGCACACAAAGACAACACAGCACGACACGUGCACACGUGUAUGCGGUGCCAAGAUGACGGACCACGUAUCCGAUUCUGGCGAGAAAGGCCAGCUCGGCGUCGGCCUCGUAUGGCGCCACCAGCACCUCCACCCCUACAGUCUUGCCGCCACUCGUGUGCUUGGGCAGCAGACGAAGCGCCUCUAUCACACGGUCGAUCUGACCACAUGCAUGGCCAUGUGGGACGAAUGGCUGGUCGGAUUGAUGUCGUUGUCGAAGGGCGUACCAUGUCUCCAGUGACGGAGAUGGCCUGCAUGGCUUUGCUCUGCAUCUCCUUGUCGUCGGCCGUCUUGCCCGCCUUGCGCAAGCGAUCCACCUCCUGCUGCGCAUCCUUACGACGCCUACACACACACACACACACGAAUGCAUCCACAACAGGUGCUCCUGCCCUGGGUGUGGGGUGUAUCUUCCCCCUUCGCUCACUUGUGUCUGUCCUCAUCCUCCUUGGCCUUGGCUGGUAGGGAAUCGCCAUCAAACACUGCACCAGAACACACACACACACACACAUAUGGAUGGUUCCUCUUUCCUUGAUUUCUGUCAGGUCGGCCACUGACCGAUGACGGGGCUGAUGUCACAGUUGAGGAGCAAAGUCACCAUGCGCAAAAAGAACCGGAUGAACCUGAAAACCGUUGCAUACGACAAGACGACAACAAAGCGCCAUUGCAAAUGCAGUCCCUGCGUGUGAUAUCGGCCUCACUUGUCUGUAUCCUGCCCCGUGGCCAGCUCAUACGCACAUGCGCACGCCCCUCUGUGCAUCCAGCACAUGGCGUCCACGCCCACGCGACAUCCGCUGAAGCUGACACACAUGAACAGAUGCACCACACCACCGGCAUUGCAAACGGAUGGCACACAACGCACCACACCAUCACGGCGGCCGUUUCUUAGCGUUUGCUCACUUGUCUAUGGAGGCCUUCUGCACCACCGGCUUCAGAAAUUGCUGACAGAGAGGAGGGAGAGGAGGAACGGAAAGCAAUGGAUCAAAAGGUGGCAUCUCCGCAUUGUGCACUACAACCGAGCCUUACCAGAAGGUUCUUGAUCCCCAUCGUCCGCCAAAAAAGGC